AUGAUAGCCGAGUUAUUUUACUUCCAGAGCUGUGCCAGCAGUGCCUGCAUGUCACGCAUUGCGGGCAAGCUUCUAAUGCCCUCACCCAAUGACCUGGCAUACGAGGUGCGUUGGCUUUUCACCCGGCUGCGUGGUGGAGAGACGACGACCCAGGUGGCAAGCGUGGACCGCUUCGGCGUUGUGAGGAAAGACGCCCGUAACUCAUCCAGUGACAUCUCAAUAGAGCGCAAAGACACACACACCUACCUGCUGAACAUUCACGGCACUCAGGACAGUGACAGUGGGGAGUAUCACUGCAUUGCCACUCCCUGGUACCUGUCGGCCUCAACAGGAGCCUGGACUGAAGCUGGAGAGCUGACGUCAUCUCGAGUCUUCCUCACAGUCCGGUUUGCUGUGUGGGAGUCCCUAAAGUUGCCUCUCUUAUAUGGUGUUGCAGCCUCAAUAGGUAAUGUAACCAUCACACACUCACAAGUAAAAGUAACAAUGUACAUACUGUUGAUGUUGUAUUGUCAGCUGUUAGCUUAAGCCUGUGUUUUUAUUGUUCAUAUGUUAUCUAGAUAUACGCUGUUCCAACAAUCACAAACUCUGCUUUGGUUAUAAAUAAAACCUGAAUCCACUGACGUAUAUGAUUAAAAUCAGGAGUUUCAGUUGCUCUACUGAGCUGUACAGAGCAGACCAGCUAGGUAAACAAACCACAGAGAGGCUAUGAUAGCAACACAGGCAGAGGAAGUGUGUCAUUCUUUGCUCAGGAUAGCUAACAGUUGUUUGCUGCUAUAAUAAUGUAUACAUCUCACGUGUGUGUAUGUGUGUGUGUAUGUAUGUAUG